UUUACUGUUCUCUUACAGUGAAACGUCAUUGUCUGGCUGUUUUCACACUAGAAAUCAAAACAGAGGGAUUUGUGCAGAAUGGACAAGGACAGAAUUCACUACUGCUCACAGUGUGGGAAGAGUUUUGCCAGACUGAGAAAUCUCAAACAACACAUGCGCAUUCACACAGGAGAGAAACCAUUUUGCUGUUCACAAUGUGGAAAGAGUUUUGCCAAGCCAAGUAUUCUCAAACAACACAUGCACAUUGACAUAGGAGUGCAGCCUCAUUGCUGCUCACACUGUGGAAAGAGUUUUAGGGAAAAAAUUCAUGUAAAACUUCAUGAACGCAUUCACACAGGAGAGAAGCCAUAUCACUGCUCAGACUGUGGGAAGAGUUUUACACAAUCAAAAACAUUAAAAAUUCACCAACGCAUUCACACAGGAGAGAAGCCAUAUCGUUGCUCACAAUGUGGGAAGAGUUUUCCAGAAUCAAAAACAUUAAAAAUUCACCAGUGCAUUCACACAGGUGAAAAGCCAUAUCAAUGCUCACACUGUGAGAAGAGUUUUAAAUGUUUAAAGGAUUUAAAAACUCACCAGCUCAUUCACAUAGGAGAGAAGCCCUAUUACUGUUCAUAUUGUGGAAAGUGUUUUACACAAUCAAAAACAUUAAAAAUUCACCAACGCAUUCACACAGGAGAGAAGCCAUAUUGUUGCUCGCACUGUGGAAAGAAUUUUGCACAGUCGCAUCAUUUAAAAAGCCACCAGCUCAUUCACACUGAAGAUAAGCAACAUAAGUGCUCACACUGUGGGAAGAGUUUUAAAUAUUUAAAGGUUUUAAAAAUUCACCAGCGCAUUCCCACAGGAGAGAAGCCGUAUCACUGCUCACACUGUGGGAAGAGUUUUACACUAUCUAGUGCUUUAAAAAUUCACCAACGCUUCCACACAGGAGUGAAACCAUAUUACUGUACACACUAUGGGAAGACUUUUACUUGUUCUGGUGAUUUUGAAAAAGCACCAGCUUAUUUACAAUAGGGAGAAAUGUAUUGCUGAUCACAGAUUUAAGUAAGUACAUUCACGCAAAAUAAAGUAUGUUUUAAAAGGCAUCAGAACAGUUAUAGAAAAGAAGAACUCAUACUAUAUACACACAGUAUAUAUAUUUUUUUAUUCAUGCGCUGAAUCUGCAAUGAUGAUUGUAAAGACUUUCCACUGCCUGAUAAGGAGUAGGAAGACAUGAUAGACUUAUAAGAUUUAGUGAAUCAAAUUUUAUUGUCUGCUAUGUUUACUGUGUACUGUUUUAAAUAACGUAUUCACUUGCCCAGAAAAGUUUACUUAAGUACAAAUUUAAAAUUUGUAUUUUACACUAAUAAUUUUUUCUUUAAAAAACCCUUCUAUGUUACAGCAUAGCAGGUAAUCUUGUAUUAAUCUUGGGUAAAUAUAAUAUUCAUAGCUGUAAGUGGCAAGGAAAAAUUCCCUCCUUCACCUUGUUUAUGUGUAACCUAGUUAAAUACUUCCAGUCCUUAAAAUGUAUAGAUAAGAUGAGUAGAAUGGCUAGAAAAAUAUACUCACAAUUCUAAAUCCCUGCUUUUUUAAUGUCUCUUUAUAUUUGUGCAUGUAUAUGCAUAUAUACAUUAAUGUUCCAAAGUUUGGGAUCACUUUCAAAUUUCAGCUUGAUUUCAGCUAGGGAGGAAGACUCCAUCAGCCAAUCCAUCUUGUGGGAGAUGCUCCAGGAAGCAUGGGGUGAAAUCUCAUCAGAUUACAACCCCUGGCAAAAAGUAUGGAAUCACCACUCAUGGAAGAUAUUCAUUCAAU